GACAGCUCACAGAACAACGACACCUUUCUCAGUCGGAUCUUCGGCCUCAACUCGGUCUACAACCAUCUCCAGGAAAACUACCAGUACUACGAUCCGGAAUUCGACAGCACGUACAACCAACAGGUGCUAGCCAAUCUGCAAAGACAAGACUACGAUUUGUUCGGCAAUGGCCUCGACAAAACAAACUUGCUCGACUCAGAAUCAGAUUCUGACUUGUCGCUGCUGUCUUCAGCUUCGCCUUCAGUAGUAGUAAAACCGAGAUUUAAAAGGACAGAAGCGAGUGACAAUGAGGACGAUGAAGUUGACGAUUUGCUUACGAGUUUGUCGAAGCCUCGGAGUAGCCCUCCUAGACGAAAGCCUACUUUCAAUAUUCCCAAUGCUAGAGACAUAUUUCUGGCCAAUGGAAACACCCAAGCUACACUGGUAUUGCCCUUAUAUAAUCAGAAAUAUCGGAAGCCUGUCGAAAGAGACACCGGUGCUUCUGCUGGAGAUAGUAGAGGCUAUGCCAAUUCUGGUAUCCGCAGAACUAACGGCACUAGGUUCGUAAUUCCUCCUAAGGAAAGAGCGUUGUAUCUCUGGGCAAACAUCACCAACAUGGACGAGUUCCUCACGGAUCUCUACUACUAUUAUAGAGGUAAGGGAAUGCUCAACAUCGUGUUAUCUAGCAUCAUCGACUUGUUGAUUCUUGUCUUCAUACUUGGCUUUACUGUGUUUUUGAAGUGGGGAAUCAACUACCGGUACUUUUUCGACAAUUACAAGGACUCGACAUAUAUAACGCUUGCCGACUUGAUCAUCCCCAACUUCCUCGUUGAUGAGGUGCCGUUAUUGGCAAAGUUUUUCCUCUUUGGCUUUGUCUGCUACAUCGUAUUACGGUUGAUCCAACUUUAUUUCAACUACAACUACAAGCUCAAGGAGAUCAAAAACUUCUACAAGUACUUGAUCAACAUCCUGAACGAUGACGAGUUGAUGACUAUCACCUGGAAGACGAUUGUAGAGAGGUUGAUGUUGCUCAAAGACUACAACAGCUUGACUUCGACAACGAGCCAUUUUGACGGUGCUACGGAUCACUAUAUAAAUGACUUAAACUCGAAGGUGCGACUCAAUGCUCACGAUAUAGCCAAUAGGAUCAUGAGAAAGGAAAACUACAUGAUCGCUUUGAUCAACAAGGACGUUCUAGACCUUUCACUCAGUCCUUUCCAGAACUCGUCCUUCCAGUUGAUCAACAACAAGUCUGUUCUCACAAAGACGUUGGAGUGGAACUUGAAGCUCUGUAUUAACAACUUUGCAUUCAACAACGAGGGUCAAAUCAAUCCUAGCAUACUUAAAGAUUUCAACAGGAAUCAGUUGGCGAAGGAGUUGAACUCGCGCUUCAAGAUGGCUGCCAUUAUCAACUUGAUCUUGUGCCCUUUCAUUGUAAUCUACUUCGUGUUGUUAUACUUUUUCCGGUACUUCAAUGAGUACAAAUCCAAUCCCGCUUCUAUCAUGGGUCUAAGGCAGUACACACCUUAUGCCGAAUGGAAGUUGCGUGAAUUUAACGAGUUGCCCCAUUUCUUCAUCAGAAGAUUGCAGCUCUCUGUUGGUCCAGCUAAUACCUACAUCAACAUGUUUCCUCGUGGAUUUCUUGUGAUAAACUUAAUGAACCUCGUCAACUUCAUUCUGGGUGCAAUCAUGGCUAUCUUGGUUAUCAUGGGGCUCUGGUUUGAAGACGAAAAUCACAGCUUCUGGUCAUUUGAACUCACCGAAGGAAAAUCAACUUUAUUUUACAUUAGUAUAUUUGGUACUUUAUGGGCCAUAACAUCUACCUCUACUUCUACUUCGGAUACUGCCGACAAUUUAAAUCCCAACUCGCAUUCUUUUGUUUAUGAUCCAGAAGCAAGCUUGAGGUAUGUUUCCCAGUUUACUCAUUACUUGCCGAGCAGCUGGAACAGAAGAUUGCACACUGUGGAGGUGAAAAACGAGUUCUGUGAGUUGUACAGCUUGAAGAUUAUCAUAAUUCUCAACGAAAUCUUUAGUUUGAUCUUGACACCAUUCAUUUUGUGGUUCAGGGCUCUGAGCAGUUCUGGUGCUAUUAUAGAUUUCUUCAGAGAAUACUCCAUCCAUGUAGAUGGAUUGGGCUACGUUUGCUAUUUUGCAAUGUUCAACUUUGAAGAAAAGGACAAAAAUAUGAUGUUUGACUUGAAUAAGAGAAAAGGUAAGUCUAAAAGAUCUAGAAGAAGUAAGACUUCUAAAACUAGCUCUAAGAAGACAGUCAAUGAAAUUGAGUUGAACAAUAUCAAGUCAAAGAGACGUGAAAAAGCUAAAAUCAGCGAUUCUGAAGAUGCUAGUUCGUUGCCAAAUACCAGUGACGAUGAAAGUGGAAACGACUUGAAUGCAGACACCUAUCAGGACGAGAAAAUGAUAAAGUCGUACAUGUAUUUCCUUGAGAGUUAUGGAGCUGGAAAAGCAGACGUUAGGGCCAUAAACAGCAAUAAUAAACUAUUGGCCAAAAACUCGGUAAUAUCGAACAUCGAUCCUUCGCCAUCUUUGAUCAUACAAGGUCCUUCGGACAACCACAGCUUGUUGGAUUCGGCUUAUAAUAUUAACUACAAGUUUGAUGAUGCGGAGCAGGAAGAAUCGACGAGACCAGGAAAGAAAUCGGGAGUUUUGGGUAUGAUCAACCAAUUUUACAAGCAGGACUUGGGAAGGUAG